UGAAAAAUUCUGCCUGUGCUUGUGUAUAAUUAUCGAUUUUCAACCACACUUAUUAUGAUCAUGUAACAAGUGAGGUUAUGUGGUCGAGUAUAAAAUAUCGAGUAUUGGGAUUUGAAGUUGACACGAUCAAUUCUGUACAAUUUUCGAACCACACUGGCUACGGUUACUGGAAGGGUCAGGUUCUGAAUGAAAAGGAACUUGAAGACCUUAUGGAUGGAUUGCAUCAUAAUGGACUAGAUUAUUAUACACACCUACUAACAGGCUACAUAGGGUCAGCAAGCUUCUUGAGGUAUAUUGCUGAAGUGGUGAAACAACUGCGCCAAGUUAACCCUGAUCUUGUUUAUGUAUGUGAUCCUGUGAUGGGAGACAAUGGCAGGAUGUAUGUGCCAAAGGAACUGUUAGGGAUAUACAAGGACACAAUCUUGCCGCUUGCAGAUUUUAUUACACCUAAUCAGUUUGAACUUGAAUUGUUAAUCGGGAAGCAGAUUAAAUCUGUAGAUGAUGCAUGGGAAGCUAUUGAACAUUUACACCAGAAAGGCUGCCGAACUGUAGUGCUUUCAUCCACGGAUCUGGGAGACGAUGAGAAUCUUCUAGCACUGGCCAGUAGCAGAAUUGGAGGCAAGAAAACAGAUUUAACCAUCCAUAUUCCAAAGCUACCACAUACAUUCACUGGAACAGGUGAUCUGUUUGCUGCUUUGUUACUUGCAUGGAUGUGGCAUACCAACAACAAACUGAAACCAUCACUUGAAAAAAUUAUUGCCACACUACAGGCUGUUCUCAAGAGAACCCUCCACUAUGCCAAAGAAAGAAGUAAAUCCAGUGACCCAGGGUUUGCUCUAAUGGAAUUACAACUCAUCCAGAGUAAGGCUGAUAUUGAGAACCCACAGAUCACCAUAGAAGCAGAAGAGCGCUAAGUGUGCAACUGGAUGCGAGCCCACCUACCCAUGUAAGCCGACUAAGCCUUCACUGAAGGUUUGCUCACACCAGACGAAGUCUUCCAAUGUGUUACUCACAUCAUUCCAUUGGUGUUAACAGUAACAGUAUGAAUUAACCUUUAAUGAACAUACACCAAACACUGAUUGUACUGUUUCAGAAAAUUAUUAUAAUAGUGGGUACCCCAAUUAUGAAUUGUAAUAUCAUGUACACUUCUGUUCUAACUUGUACAGCAUCAUAUGACACAACCAAUCCAUUUUCGUUUAGUUAAAACCUUUUAUACUAUAAGUCCAGAAAAAUGCUCAUUCAAGAGGUCAGGCCCCAACAGAAGAGCAAGAGUUUGUUAUUUGACUGGCCUAGAAUUCCCUAUUGUAAAUAUCAUGAAAAAGAUUUUGUACAUAUGUAAUCAUAAACAUUUAUUAACAUAAACAGAUGUAAUAAUGCAGCAAUUAAAAAUAAAUAUGAUUAUAAAUUUCCCAUAA